AGGAACUGUCUUUACACUCGCAAGCAUUGUUAUUACUUGCGGAGCUCUUGUUACCAAGAUGCGAGCUGCGCUUUUGAUACUAUUAGCCCUCGUUGGCGUGUCCAAUGCCGGUGUUUGUCCGAAGUACCCGAUCAUCAAGGAUUUUGACUUCACUCGGUACAUGGGACUGUGGUUCCAGCAAGAUAAACUCCAGGCCUCUUGGGAAGCCCCCGGACGAUGCUGGAAGACGCUGUACUCAAGGGACCGCAAGAACGGCCAGUUCAAGAUGAAGAUGAUCUUCAGCUCCACGAUCACGGGUCGGGUCGAAGAGUACGAUUCUCAGCUGACACUCAAAGGUCCGACCAAACCCUCUAUCAUCGAGUACACCAUUCCUCUCACAUUCAUGGACGACGAAUUCCAAGUGUUAGCGACGGACUACGAGAGUUUCUCCGUUGAGUACAAGUGCGACCCUAACGGCCUUUUGGAGAAGAGAGAAUCCAUCUUCCUGCUGACGCGCGAGAAGUCCCCCUCCCCCUUGGUCCUGCAGCGCGCCUACGCCAUCAUGCACCGCCUCGGGGUCGACAUCCGUAAGCUAGAGCGCGUCGACCAGACCUGCGGCGGCAUCGAGAUCACUGCCCCCGCCGAGCCCAUUUAUGACUACGAUUACAGUGCCAUUCCUCAGACCAUCGAGGGCAACAGGCGUAAACAAAGCGGAAACUACUACUACGACGACUACGACUACGGCCAGGAAUACGCAACUCAGCAGGCAGACCCUUCCAACCACUACGCCCUCUCCUACCCGCCGCAGCCGACCGAUUCCAACCAACGUCCGAGAGCCAGACCUCCGGUGCGCAGGAGGCAGCCCAGCAUCAAGCGCCAGACCGGGCCCAAUGAUGAGAGGAUCACGCUGGGCCAGUCCCUCGCCACACGUCUCUGGCACGUCCUCCACAAGCCAGUGAGGAACUAGGAAGCGGAGGGGGAACAUGUGUCCGAGUAGUUGCUGAGAAAUGUUCCAAAAUCUCCCUGUGAGAGAGAUGUGGGUUUUAUAGAGAGAAAUAUUGAUUUAGGUUAUGUUGGAGAUAUUCUCUUUGCCUGAUUUUAGACUUAGUUGAACUGCUAUCCAAGGCUGUUCUGCUGACUGAAUCCUUUUGAUGUAGAUCUGCAAGUAACGCAUGCAUUAUGAAUGGUUUCUCAAAUCAUGUUGUCUAAAGUCUAACAUAAUUUGAAUUACAGUACCAACUAUUCUUUGUAUACAGUACAAAUUUUGGCUAUAUAUUUCAUGUAUUUCCAGUGUAAUAUUUCGUUAUACACACAUCUUUAUUUAUUAUAUUGUUAUGCACUUUCUUGUUGUUAUGACCUGAAGUUUAUCUAUGUUGAAUAUUUAUGUUGAUAUUUAUUGGUCCUGCGUGGCUUUGAUUUUCUUGACUCAAUAAAACGUCAGAACUGACAAA